UAUCUUUUCUUAUCUUACUUUAGUUAAGUGACUUAAUGAUAGCAUUUACUGUUAACCUUUUAUCUGAUCAUAUACAAAGAAGACAGUGCAAUGUUUUAGUCACACAUAUGAAAGUGAAAAUCCUUAAGCAAUAAAAGUAAACUGUCACCCACAAAAUGUUGGUUAGCUUAUCAGCAUCUGGUGGUUUCCACCAACAGAUUGCAUCUGCAGGGUGCUGCUCUGUGCAUCCGUAUUGAAGUGCUAUCAUAAUAGUUUUGUCUAACAUGGUUAUACACAUAUUGUUGGGUUAGUUCUAUUAUAGGAUGUACAAGCUAAAAUAUAAUUCCUCAGUUUUUAACUUGACUUCUCAGUUUGACAGAUCAACCUUAAGGGAAGAGGUUCAGAGUUUAAACAAAUUGCCAAACCUCUAACCUUGUCUGCAUAGUGCAAUAAAAAGAGCCUCACAGUAUACCUGAAAUAACAGGAGACAAUGUAUUUGGAGUAUCAAUAUAUUAGGUUAAAUAAAAUAAGAAAACAGCCUCUGUUUUAUUUCUAGACUCAGUAAAAUAAAUGUUAAAAUGGAUAAAUGAGAUCAUUUGAAAUGUGUCUCUCCUGAGGGUCAGCAUGUGAGGCUCCUUCCAGUCCCGAGUGCUUCAGAAGAACCGCUGAAUCUCCCGAAUACAGGUGUGAAUGGAGCAUGAAUAAAACCACUGAGAGCGAUGUGACAUUUGAUCUUUACAUGAACAAUGUCCACAGAAACAAAAAUGCGCCCAAGGAGACAUGGAUAAUAAUUACCAAGGAUGAGCUUGGAAUCGUAGAGGAAGAAUAUGACAUUUGGGUUGAAGCUCGCAUAGGAAACUCCAGCUGCGCGUCCACCAAGAGGCCUGUUGUGCUCUCACACACAGUUAAGUAUGAAGCACCAAAACACAUUUCCAUGUCCUGGUUACAAAACAACCUCAGCUUGAACUGGACGGCAUCAGAGAAGCAUCCAGCUGCAGCAGAAAUCCUGUUACGCAGAGAUGCACACCGCACAGAUUCAUGGAAACACAUAACAACAAAUACCACCAGUGACACUUCAAUGCACCAUGUGCUUGUUGAGAAUCUGUUAAAGGAUACAGUUUACCAGGUUAAAAUCAGACAUCGGUCCACUAAGGCCCUAAACCCACUGUGGAGCGACUGGUCUCCUGUUGUGAUUGUUCCUGCAGAGCUGGAACAAAAACCUGAAGUAACCAUGAAUAUAACCCUUUCAAAUGGGACUCGAAAGGUGGCGCUAACGUGGAAGAAGAUGCCUCAUGCUGCGACGUACAGUCUGAAUGACACACAGUCUUCCAAUGGCUGUACUUGUAAGAAAAUAAGAGAUUAUCCCAUCAACACGACUGAGACUACAUAUACUACUUUUGUCUCGUACUCUGCCGUCAAAAUCUUUGUUAACGGCAGAAACGCAGCAGGAAGUUCUCCACCAGCAAUCCUACAAAUACCAGCCGUACCAGCUGCAGGGUUAAAAAUUUGUGACAACACAUCGGAUUUGCAUGAAAGAUUAAAGAAGAAAACAUACGUUGAGUUGUACGAGCUUCAAGAUGGAGAUUCAAGGCCUGAAAAUGUGACGCACUUAACUGCAAAGAGUACGAAGAAAGAAAGAAUGGACAUGAAGGACUACGUUCGCUACCUGUACUUUAAACACAAAUGUGUUGGCCGGAAACUACAAACAGUAACAAUGUGCAUCUAUUAUCAAAAAGAGGAUGCUCCCCAGAGAGAACCUCAGAACUUCACUGCUUUCAGUGAAACACACACUUCUUCUAACUUGUCUUGGAAAGCCAUUCCCUCUGCAGACCAGCGAGGUUUCCUCACACACUACAGCCUGUGCAGCGUGAAAGACAGUUCACAAGAUGAGCGCAAAGAGUGCCAUAAAAUAUCAGCCUCAGUGAUGAAAUAUAGGCUGGGAAACUUGACGCAAGGAACGAAAUACCACGUCAGCCUGGUUGGAGUGACCCGAGUAGGAGAAGGACCUGAAGCCACAGUCACUAUCAACACACCACCAGAGAAGCCUGUGAAUGUGUUGUGGAGUCUCUGCCUGCUGAUUCUGUUUUUUUUACUCACAACAUUGUGCACCUGCAUCUUGAAGAGAAUCAAAGAAAACAUCUUCCCUGCUGUUCCGACACCUGUUAUUCCAGAUUUCAUACCUUUUCAACCAGAGAGUCAGGAUUUUCUGGAGAGAAAGGAGGAGGUGGAUGAGAUGACACUGCUCCAGCUACACCCAGAAGGAAAGUCUGUCCCUGAGGACGCAGAGGAGAGCGCUGUCCUCGCUGGAGAGUGGGAGGAAGACACUGAUGAGGAUGAGGACAACGAGAGAUGGGAUUCAAGGAUGUCAGGAGAAUCCAGUGAUGAGGGUCUGAGUCCCGGCUCUACAGGGGAGGCACUGAGGAGCUCCAGAGAAGGAGAAAUUACAGAUGUGGAACAGCUGGACAAUGAGAUCGCCAUGCUGAUAUACAAGAAAGGUCUGGUCUUCCAUGUGAAGAGGGACUCCCUGUGAGAUUAAUUGAACUGUUCUUACAGCACAACAUUGCACAAAUGGGCUUUAUCAAGAGUUGACAUACUGUAUUUUUUGACUUUCUCUGGAGUCCUGACUAAUAGCCUACUUUUAUCUGAAAAAUUAUUACGCAGGAAAUAUUUUUUUUCAAUGAACAUUUUUCAGCGUGCCUGUAUAUGAAAAGUUGAGCAUUUAUCAGUCACAGGUUUUGUCAAUACACAUUGUCAAUACAUCUUGUCCAAUGGUAGAGAGCAAAUCCUGUUUUCAGACUUUUAGGAUUUUGAUUUUGUUUGCAUAUUCCCAAUAAAACAAGUAUUAUUGCCAAAAAAAA